UUUGUGUAUUCUGUGUUGCCUACUUCUCGCAUUUUGACGUUUAUCCACGUUAUCAAUAUUUGUAAUCAGUCCUCAAAAAUGUGCAAUAAUGUUGGAAGAUUACAAAAAUGUGAUUGCCACCACAGCCUCAAUCUCUACAAUUUUGCAGUUCUUAAGUGGAACCUUGAUUUGUUUAAAAAUCUCGAGAAAUAAAAGCACGGGCGAUAUUUCCCCAUUUCCCUUUGUUAGUGGUUGUUUAUCGACGAGUCUGUGGCUCCGUUAUGGUUUUUUUAUCGAAGACCGUUCCAUAAUUUUGGUGAAUACGAUCGGAGUCAGUUUAUUUUUUGCCUAUGUUGUCACAUUCGUCAUGUAUAGUAUCAAGAAGUCAUCAGUAUUACGCCAAGUUGCCGGUUGUGUAACCGUUUUGGUCGCGACUUUGGUCUACAUCCAACACCGAGAGAAUUUUGAAGAAGCGAAAAGUUCCUUGGGAAUUGUGUGUUGUUUUGUAACAAUCUUGUUCUUUGCCGCCCCACUUGCCUCACUACUGCACGUUGUUAGGGUGAAAGACACUGAAAGUCUGCCGUUUCCCAUCAUUUUGGCCAGUUUUAUUGUCUCAAUGCAGUGGCUUGUUUAUGGAGUUAUACUAGAGGAUAAAUUUAUACAGAUACCAAACUUUUUAGGGUGCGUCUUAUCCGGUUUCCAGUUGACUCUAUUUUGCAUUUAUCCAAAAAUCAGAGUUAUUACAGUGUAACUAAAAUAUAUUUUAUAAUUUUA